CUCCAAUCUCCCGCGAUCAAUUUUCCGCAUCUUAUCGUUGUCGUCACGAGGCUCUCGAGAAACUGCGUGAACGCGCUCGUCGGCUUUCUUGGCGCCAUUCAAACCCUACAUAUUGAGCUCCUGGCCUCUGGUUGUGUUGUUGGGAAUCGGUUAAUGGCGAUUAACGAUGCUGAGAGCUGUGAAAGCCGGGCUUUGCCGGAGAAACCCUUGCAGUAUCAGCGGCAGAACAGCAAGUUCGGUGUUUACAAGGAGGUUCUCCGCCGGCUGAUGGAAUCUGGUUCCCCUGAGGUUUUGGCUCCUUCGUUCAAGGAGGAACUCUGGUCCCAUUUCAAUCGCCUACCAGCCCGUUACGCAUUGGACGUGAAUGUAGAGAGGGCGGAAGAUGUCUUAACCCACAAGAGAUUGCUACAGCAGGCGCAAGACCCCGUCCUUCAGCUUGCUUUUGAUAUUCGGCUUGUUCAGAUGCCUCGGGGAGAAUCCUUUGGUACUAAUUCACAGUCGGAAGAAGAUACAUAGUGAGAUUUCUAUCAUUAAAAGU